AUGUGCAAAGUCAACAGAAUCAUCGACUAUGGACGCAACGACCAAGCCCGCGUCGAGUCCUACGACCCCGAUGUCAGACACAAUGACAUCGCAAGCUACCACCAUCACAGAGUCAACAGAAUCAUCGACUAUGGACGCAACGACCAAGCCCACGUCGAGUCCUACGACCACGAUGUCAGACACAAUGACAUCGCAAGCUACCACCAUCAUAGAGUCAACAGAAUCAUCGACUUCGGACGGGACGACCAACCCGACGACACGCCCUACGACCACGAUGUCAGACACAACGACGUCGGAAGAAACCACCACCCCCAAGUCAACAGAAUCAUCGACUAUGGACGCAACGACCAAGCCCACGUCGAGUCCUACGACCACGAUGUCAGACACAAUGACAUCGCAAGCUACCACCAUCAUAGAGUCAACAGAAUCAUCGACUUCGGACGGGACGACCAACCCGACGACACGCCCUACGACCACGAUGUCAGACACAACGACGUCGGAAGAAACCACCACCCCCAAGUCAACAGAAUCAUCGACUAUGGACGCAACGACCAAGCCCACGUCGAGUCCUACGACCACGAUGUCAGACACAAUGACAUCGCAAGCUACCACCAUCAUAGAGUCAACAGAAUCAUCGACUUCGGACGGGACGACCAACCCGACGACACGCCCUACGACCACGAUGUCAGACACAACGACGUCGGAAGAAACCACCACCCCCAAGUCAACAGAAUCAUCGACUAUGGACGCAACGACCAAGCCCACGUCGAGUCCUACGACCACGAUGUCAGACACAAUGACAUCGCAAGCUACCACCAUCAUAGAGUCAACAGAAUCACCGACUACGGACGUGACGACCACCCCGACGACACGUCCUACGACCACGAUGUCAGACACAACGACGUCGAAAGAAACCACCACGUCCACAUGCUCAUCUCCUCCGGAGAAAUACGAAUACGGCGGGUCGUUCUACAAUUUCAGCACUUGCGAGAUGAAUCAUGCUUCCGCGGUUUUAGAUUGUUCCCAAUACGGAUCCCAUCUGGUCUUCAUCGGGUCGAAAGAAGAACAGGACUUUAUCGUAGUGUUUGCCAAUGAGGAGUACUGGAUCGGGCUGACCGGUCCCAGUGACAGCGAGGCAAGGUGGCUAGACGGAUCAAG